GAGAUAUAUAUGGCAAUUUGCCAGCUUGUGGAGAAGCUCAUUAUUUUUUUAUUAUUUUUUAUUAUUUUUUUUUUUUUAAAUCCAGCAGAUUCUUACACGCCCUAACUUAAACUUAGAGACUAGGAAUUGCCAGAUAAUGGGACGGUAGUAUGUGAAUUGGAGGCGUCCGAAUUCGUACUAUUCGAGCCCAUCGGCUCUUUUCUUUCAUGGACAGAGCGUGACAACCCGCGGCCUAGCAGAUAUUUCCGACCUGAAAUCGACUGCCAAUGUUCCCUUCUCUUCGACAUAUUCUAACUAUAGGUCAUACCAGAAAAGAGAGCUUCCCCGCCAAAGUAUCCGUAUCUUACCUGGUUUUGCCGCGAAUCCCCCUACCGCGAUUCCCGCGAAGCUUCUUUGUGGCUUUACAAACCCGUUGAAUAAAUGAUAUCCGGCCGAUAGAAAAAAAAAAAAAAAAAGAAAAGAAAUACACGUGGGGUAGCCUUAUUAUUUCAUGUUUUGAGAUAACUAGCCGGCUCCUUCGUUGGCGUUUCUUACACCAGUGAAGAUGACCAACUAGAUAACUAAUGCAUAGGAUUCCAUGCAUUCUCUUUACAUAGCCUUGUGUUGGCUUCUAUAGAUGGGAAAAUCCCAUAUGACCUGGGGCUUUCCUGUUCUUCCCCAGCUAACGACUAGGAUGCUUUGCCUUUUUUCUCGCCAACUUGCUUGUUAUGGAAUAAUUGAUGAUGACACGGUCAGAGAUAGUUAUCCGCAGCCGUCAAAUGUGAGAAAGGGAGUGCUAUAUCUACUAACAUCCGUUGACCGAGGAUGCACUGUGUGGAACCUCGAUACGCCGCUACUGGUUCAUUUUUGCUUAAAAUCAAUGGCCAGGGGUGCGGGGAGACCAGCAGAGUUUCCAGAUCCUGACACAAAAGCACUGUUGGGGAAUGCGAAAAUCGCGGGCAUGAACAAAGAUCUUCAACUUCAUGGUAUGCAAUACAAUGUUGCCCUAACGAUUUUCUUUGUUCCAUUCUCGUUGUGAGGUCCCAAGUAAUAUCCUGCUCAUGAUUUUACACCCAUGGGUAUGGAUAUCUGUGAUGCUGUUCUCCUGGGGAAUAGUGAUGUCGUGAAUCUCAAAAGAGCUAGAAGCUAAUAAAUAUGACGAGAACCCAUCAAACUUAGGGCUCAAUCGUUGGUAUCAUGGGCAUUGUUGAAAACUACUAAGGCCUCGUUGUUGCAAGGUUCUUCUUCGGAGUUACAGUGUGUUACAGAGGUAUGCUGAGUUUAAGUUUUGCCUCAGUGUCACCUAUCGCAAUAGCUGCUCUACUCUCUCCACCAACAGAAGUUACUUCAAUCAUCAGACAAAUCACCUGUGGAUUAAGGAACUAUGUGCCAGCUUUAACAGGCUCCAACCGACAUCAUCACAGGCGCGAAAACCAUUCCUAUCGUCUUCGGGAUUGGAUAACCUUAGUGACGUCAUUAGCCAGGGCUUGAGGCGGAGAGGGGUAGCACCAGCCUGUAAGAGAGGAAUCAAUCCUGAUUCCUGACUCACUCGAGCGUAUAUGUCGUAAGUUGGGCAAGCAUGACCUUGAUAUAAAAGACGAUAAACGACCAAGUUAAAUAAUAUUCAUAUAUUGAUAGACAUAACACAACUCUUUUUUAUAUGUAACUAUCAUUUUUUAUUUACCCAUAUUUCUCCCAAAAAUAUCGCCGGAUCAUCUUGUAGUUGUGUAGAUAUAUGUACAGUCGUUGUGGGUGGUGAAGCGUGAAAUGGUAAAAUCAUUAAAAGAAGAAACUCUGAAGGGGGAAGGUGGGAGGACGGGAAAGUCUACAAUGGCAAUGCUGGGGCUAUCAUGCCGCGCCUUUUCAUGCUAUGUGCGAGGGCUCAUUCAUGUUUGAGAUGAUACCGGAUUGACCGCUUGGAAGUCGUCUAGCGAUACAGUGACAGCGCCGGCUUGGACGAGCUAUACCAAUUGAAUUGGCCGUAGUUAGUAAAAUCGAUACACUCGGGCUUCAGGGGAGAUAAAAACCAGAAAUUUGAAUGGAAAUAAUAGGUAGAACAACAAAAAAAAAAAAAUAAAAAAAAAA